UGUAACGGCGGGGCUCAGUUGUUGCCUGGCUCUCGUAGGGUGUACUCGUGCCGGUGUACGUUCCUGCCGUGUGCUGUUUUUUUGUUUAUUUUUAAUCGUUGGGUCUUAGCCUGAAAUAAAUUAAAAAAACAACCAAGAUGAUGAAGACUGUCGUUGCUCUCUUGGCCAUCAUCGGAACAGCCGUGGCGCUGGAGUGCUUCGUGUGCAACUCGCACGAAGACCAGGCGUGCGCUGACGAGUUCCAGGUCAACUCCACGGCCCUCCAGAACGCCUUCAUCAAGACCUGCGAGGAGAAGGAUAACCAGACGCCCUUCUGCCGCAAGAUGAGGAUGGACAUCUACCAGGAAAACGAGAUCCGCAUCCUCCGUGACUGUGGCUACGAGAGGCGAGAGGACCGCGAAUGUUACCAGAAGCGUUCCGACGACUACAUCGUUGACGUCUGCCAGUGCGACGAGGAUCUCUGCAACGGCGCUCCUUCCCUCUCCCUCGCCCCUCUCCUGGCUCUCGCCCUCCCCUUCUUUGCUCGUUUCCUGUAAAUCUUGUGUGUGAAUAGUGUCAUUUUGGAUCGAAAAUACAAAGCGAAAAUAUGUGCUCUCAUACUUUCCCCCAAGAUGCAGUCCCCCCCCCCCGGUCUGCAUUCUACUUCACACUUCCAUCUUAGAGUAUUUGUCCCUGUUACUUUACUUGUAGGAAUUUUUAAGGAAAUGUAUAUAUGAUAUUUUUAUUUCCGCCAUAACUGAAUGUAUGAUUGAUUAUAUAGCAAAUAAACAGAGAAACUUUUACCUAUCAAAGUAUUUGUCGUAGGGUCUUCCUUUGUCUGGUAUAUGACGAAAUAAAAAAUCCUGAUGUAUACAGUUCACUUGUUACUGUCAUUUUAAGUUAUGUUGACUUGAAUUGUCAUCCGAUGACGACUAAUGUUGGAUAUUUUUUUAGUACAACAGCUUAAUACUUUUCCUUUUUUCCUUACCAUUUUUUAAGUAGCAUUUCUGUACAAAAAGGAAUUGUAUGUAAAGAAUGUUAGUUGCAGUAAUUUGAGGGAACGAGAUUGUAUAACAAAAAGGUAGAUUGUUUAGAACUGUAAUUUAGAGAACCACAAAUAUAUGAAAAGACAUAGAUCUUAAAAGUGCUCUUAUAAUGUUUUUAAAAACAGAUGUUAAAAGCUGACCUGUACAUGAUACUAUAGGCGAAUCAGAUCAUUGUUGAAAUGUACAUUAAAAUUAAAAGACAAUCAGCUAUUUUGCACAUGCUUAGGUUGUAAAUGGUGGUUAAUAGAGACCUUAAAUUAA